AUGAUUUUCUUCCAGCAAAACAAAGUGGUCUAUCCAUCCACAGAUAAAAAGUUUACAGCCCAGCCCACAAUAUCAGAAAACAAACUAUAAAGACAGCGCCUCUAUUUCCUCUCUCUUUUGUCAUAAAAAUGGCGGAUACUCCUAAGAAAGCGCCAGCAUUUCAUGUAUCCAAACACUUCAGUUUCUUUACAAACACCCCUUCUCAGGAUUUACUCUAGUAUUCACUCCCCAUAUUUUUAUUUCACAGAGGAUUGUUCUAUAGUGUUUCCAAGAUUUUACCAAGUGGCUAUGGCUAUGGCUUCUUCUUGGCUUACUCUCAAGACUUGCAGCAACUUGAAUGCUAAAGCACCUCUUUUUAAGGGUUCUUUUGCUCAUGAUCCAUCAUACCCAUCAUACAUUUCAUCUAAAAUAAGAUUGUCAUCGUCACUCAGUAGCAUAUCUGUGAAAGCAUCAUCAUCAUUAUCCACAGCUGUGGAGGAUAAAAGUAAUUCUGAUAUUAAAAAAAUCCCAACGCCCAAAGUGAUAUUAGACCAAGAUUCAAAUCCAGACGCAACUGUGGUUGAGAUUACUUUUGGGGAUCGCCUUGGCACUCUUCUUGAUACGAUGGAGGCACUUAAAAAUCUUGGAUUGAACGUUGUGAAGGCAAAUGUGUAUCUUGAUGAUUCUGGGAAGCACACCAAGUUUUUCAUCACAAAUGCUUCCAGUGGUAGAAAAAUUGAGGAUCCGGAAUUACUAGAGGCAAUCCGUUUGACUAUCAUCAACAAUUUGCUGGAGUAUCAUCCGGAGUCCAGUGCCCAACUAGCAAUGGGAGAAGCAUUUGGAGGUUUGCCACCAAACGAGAAGCUUGAUGUGGAUGUUGCAACUCACAUCAAUGUACGUGAUGAUGGACCUGAACAAAGCUUGUUGUAUGUUGAGACAGCAGAUCGCCCUGGGUUACUUGUGGAUCUAGUGAAGACAAUAAGUGACAUAAAUGUUGCCGUUCAAUCAGGAGAGUUUGACACUGAGGGCUUGUUGGCUAAGGCAAAAUUUCACGUCAACUACCGAAAUAAACCACUCAUCGAGCCUCUUCAACAGGUUCUUGCUAAUAGUUUACGAUAUUUUCUGAGGCGCCCAUCAACCGAAGAAGCGAGUUUCUGAGAAUAUUAUACAAGAGAACCAACUGGACACCAUGCAGAUUGCCUGGAUUUACUUUGGUAUUGUUCAUGAUAUGCUAAGUUUUUGUUAACCAUGCGAAUUGUGACGACGACACUAGACAUGUUAUUGCUAGAUAUUGUACUGUUGAUUAA